AUGGCACUUUGUAAAGCUUGGUGUCACAUUUCUGAAGAUCCAAUUGUUGGUAAUUCACAAUCUUAUACUCACUUUUGGGGGAGAAUUUGUGAAAAUUAUUGCUCCCUUCAGAAUGAUCAGUCAAGAACACAAGUUUCUAUCCAAUCUCGAUGGGGUACAAUCAUGAAAUGUUCUAACAAAUUUCGUGGAUGUUUAGCGCAAGUCGAAAAUCUACACCCAAGUGGGAUGUCUCAAGUUGAUUUAAUGCUUCAAGCAAAACUUUUAUACCAUCAAGAUGAAAAGAAACAUUUUGCUUUUGAACAUUGUUGGUCAAUCUUGCAAAACAAUAUCAGGUGGCAAGAUGUAACUCCUACGAAUACGGUGAAGUCAAGGAUACAUACACCAUUUUCCCCUGAUUCAGCCCCCGAUUCCCCUAGGGAUAAUUGCAUUUCUCUUGAAGAUGACACCAGUCCAAGUGUUGGUAAUAAUCCAACUGUUGGUGAGGGUAGUGUCUCUGCAAGGGGUAAAAGGCCGAUGGGUAGGAAAUCUGCAAAAGAAUUAUUUCGAAAAAAUCAAGUCGUUCAAGCUGAAGUUCAAAAUAUGAGCACACAAUUGGACACAUUUAACCAAUACUUUGCUGAGAAGGAAAAGAAAAAAGAUGAAAGAGAAGAAAAAAGGAUUCAAGCAAUGCAGGAGAUGAAAGAACUUGAGAUGAAAAAACAUGACUUCGAGAUCAGAAGACAAGAACAUGAGAUGA